CGCUGACGAACUUCCUCAAACACCAGAGCGACACGAGCGGGGCGAAGAAUAAGAAGAGAGCGGAGAACGUUUAUUUAUUUUAAUGUUGAUGUCGGUGACGUAACGGGAAGAGGCGGAGCCUGCAGCUGGACAGCAGGGAAGGGAAGAUGACAGCGCGUCAGUGACGCAUGGCUCCGCGCCGAAAGAUGCUCAUCACGCUGUGUUACAUCUAUCUGUGGCUGCGCUUCCAGAGAUACUACACCUCCGCGAUCCGCAGCGCGUUACACCGCCUCACAGGCCAGAGCAGCUUCACCUUCUGCGCGCUGAGAGCCGCGCCGCGCCGCGACGAAGCGCUCUUCCUCAGGCGAGGAGACCGAGUCCUGUACAUCACCGAGCCGCAGGCGUGUGAGGACCUCAGUAAGUGGACUCUGUUGGGCUCUUCGCUGGUUUGUGGUCAGCGUCUGGAAAGCAUUGCCUUCAUCAUAGAAGCCACAUCAAGACAGAAAGUUCCCGUGUCUCUACACAGAACCAAUGAGAAGGUGCUGAACUGGUCUGAUUACUGUCUUCCGCUGGCGUACCGUCCAGGCCAGCCGUACCGAGCCGUCGCUGAGACCAGUCUGGAGAACUUCAGCCGCCUCGGCGUGGCGUUUCUGGAGGAUCGUCUGCUGAUGGAAGAUGGGCUCGUACCUGAGAAGAUAGUGUCCGUGUCACUCGGAGAGACGGCGCUCGAGGGCCUGUUUGAGCAGGACGCCAGCAAGAGGAUAGAAGCUGAGUCCCGAGACUCUCCAGAGCUCUGCAGGAGGAGCAGCCUUCAUCAGCCGGAGCUCCUCUCUGAACACCAGCACCUGCAUCUCUCCAGCUGUCACGAGUGUCUGGAGCUGGAGAACAGCACCAUCCUGUCGGUCAAGUUCGCCUCGGCCGAGAACAUCCCGGAUCUGCCCGACGACUACACCGCCGCCGGCACCGAUGACGAAGAGGAGGAGGAAGAGGAGGAGCAGCGCCGGAGGAGCGGAGGCAAGCCUCCCAACCUGCUGGUGUUCACGGGCGGCUGUGAGCAGCGCUUCCAGGAGAUCCGCUCGCUCCUGCAGAACUGUGUGGACACGGACACCUGCGCCGUCUACCACCUGAGCCCUCGGCAGGCUCUGAGCGAGCCCUGGCUGGACAACACCCUGCUGCUGGUGCUGGCCACGGACGAGACGCUGGCCCCGGACCUUCAGCUACGCUUCCUGAGCUUCCUGAGCCGCGGCGGGAGGCUGCUGGGCCUGAGCUGCUCUCUGUGUCCUGCCGGACUCUCGCUGCGGCCCUCGCAGGCCCCGGCCGACCGCGUCUGCUCCCUCAGCUUCACCCGGGCGGACUGCAGCGAGCUCCAGCUGAGCGUUCUGUCCAGCGGCAGCGUGAACGAGCGGGACGGAGCCGGUGGAGGUCAGGUGGAGCUCUGGGGUCAGACUGGAGCGCAGGAGAUGGCCAUCGUGCGCGUGACUCACGGAGACGACAGCGGGGAGGCCGUCCUGUGCCAGGUGCGUUUGGAAACGUCUCCGGACGCUGAAGGCUCCGCCGGAUCUUCGGAGCUGAAGAGGAGCGACGCUCGGCGCUAUGAGGUUCUGACGGAGAUCUUGACAUCUCUGGGUGUGUGCUGUGAGCUGAGACCGCUGCCUGAGCCCAGCCCCGUCUACCUGCUCCACACACACACGGAGCAGGCGGGCUGGUUUCUUCUCUGGCUGAGGGCUCAGACUCUGGUCUCUGGUGGAGUCCUGCGGAGCGGGGCUGGAGCUCUGAGGGUGGUGUGGUCAGGAGAAGCUCCUCUGGGUGUGUGUGAGGGUGAGCGGGUGUUAGUCACCGAACCGCCCCAGAGCUUCUCGGAGCACUUCUGUCUGCAGACAUACACUCAGCACCUUCAGACGCAGCGUCUCGGCCGGACCGUGCUCUACGCAGACGUCACCUGCAGCACCACGAGUCUGCUGAACGGGUUGAUGCCGCCGCAGGAAGUUGGGUUAAUCGCCAUAGCAGCACGUCAGACGCAGGGCAAAGGCCGCGGGGGAAAUGCCUGGCUGAGUCCUCUGGGAUGUGCCAUGUUCACUCUGCACCUGCAGCUUCCUGUGACCUCACGCCUCGGACAGAGAAUACCCUUCCUGCAGCACCUCGCCGCCCUCGCCGUCGUGGAGUCAGUGAGAACACUGCCUGGAUACCAGGACGUGGACCUGCGUCUGAAGUGGCCCAAUGACAUCUACUACAGCAACCUUCUGAAGCUCGGCGGGGUUCUGGUCAACUCCAGCGUCACGGGCCAGACCUUCAGCCUUCUGAUCGGCUGCGGCUUCAACGUGAGCAACAGCAGCCCGACCGUGUGCAUCAACGACCUGCUUCGGCAGCACCGGCUGGACCCGCUCACUCCGGCGCAGCUCAUCGCUCGCUCCGUCACGCUGCUGGAGCGCUACGUGUCCGAGUUCCAGCUGCGCGGCCCGCAGGCGCUGCUCACGCUCUACUACAGCAGAUGGGUGCACGGCGGCACUCGUGUGCGUCUCUGGAGUGAGGACGGGCCCGAGGCCGAGGUCCUGGGUCUGGAUGAGAACGGCUUCCUGCAGGUGAGGGCCGGAGAUGGGAGCGUCGUCUCUGUGCAGCCGGACGGAAACUCCUUCGACAUGCUGAGGAACCUGGUGGUGACCAAAACCAGCUGAGCCUCACCUUCACCACCACCACUCACAUCAGCUCAUUAGACCUCACCCAGCAACACAUCGUCGUCUCUUUCAGAACUGUUACCUCGUUUCAGCCGAUGUUCAGACUGCAUGAUACUGUUCAGAGUUGAGCAGAACAUCUUGAGAAGUGGCUUUGAAUCUCUCAUGUUAAUGAGGUAUAUAGACCAUUUUAAUUUGACUGAAGUGAAACAGCUGGGAUGUUAACAGGCUUUAAUAGAAGCAAUAUAAGUCAGGUACAUCUGAAAAUAUUCAGUUGAAAUCAUUGUUUGGAAGACUUGCAGUUCUUCCCAUUAAAGUUUCUCAUGUGAGGAACACACCGAUUGGUUUUGCAGUUUUACACACGCUGGUUUUACAGACAAGGCCAUUGGCCUUUUCUCAUGGAGUUAGAUAGUAAUCCAUUAGCUCUGUUUAACCAACACUGGACUCCCUCAGAGAAAUGUGACUGACGCUCAUUAAAACUUGUGGUUUUGUCUGUAUUUUGAUUUUCUUUUGUUGCACGCUCGAUUUUGAGGUGAUUUUGUAUAUUCGUAUCAUAUCGGUAUGACUAAAUAUUUUGUAAUGAUUCAUGAUUUGUAAACAGAUAAAGAUGAUCUCUUUUAAAGAAAACAUUCCUGAGUUGUAGAAAAUGAAAUAAAAUGAUUGACUGAU